AAUAAAAGACGCAUCUGGCACUGACAAAGCAGGAUUCGUAAAACAAAUCUAAAGACAGCAAAAUGGUCGAGUGGACAGACGCCGAGCGUGCCGCCAUCCAGGACAUCUUCUCCAAGAUGAACUAUGAGACCGUGGGCGCUGAAACUCUUGCCAGGUGCCUGGUCGUCUACCCCUGGUGCCAGAGGUAUUUCGGCAACUUUGGAAACCUCUACAACGCCGAAGCCAUCAUGGCUAACCCCAUGAUUGCCAAACAUGGAACAACCAUCCUCCACGGUCUGGACCGUGCUGUGAAGAACAUGGACAACAUCAAGGAUACCUAUGCUGAGCUGAGCGUGCUGCACUCCGAGAAACUGCACGUGGACCCUGAUAAUUUCAGGCUGCUGGCUGACUGCCUGACCAUUGUGGUUGCUAGCAAGAUGGGCAAGGACUUCAAUGCUGAUGUCCAGGAAGCUUUCCAGAAGUUCCUGGCGGUGGUUGUGAGCUCCCUGGGAAGGCAGUACCACUAAAGAGCUGCAACAGAGGACCAUCACAU